AUGGCACUGGCUGCCACAGCCACCGCGGCGGGGUCCGCAUUCUCCAUGAUGGCCGCGCCUCAGGUUUCACAGUCCCGCGUUGUGGCCUUGGCAUCGGGCCCCAGCCCGGCAGCACCAAGUGGAGCGGGAGUUGCAGGCGUCACUGGCCUGGUGGGUGCAGGCCUGGUAGCCAGCGCUGCGCUCAGCCGCUCUGCGAAGCCACGGAGUGGCAAGAAGAACCUGGUGUCCAUGGCUGCCCGCGGAGGUGAGAGCUCUGAUGCUCUGGUGAAAGACCUGGAGGCCCUUGUCAAGGAGAAGGACUGCGGGGCAAUCCUGGUGCGACUGUCCUGGCAUGAUGCCGGCGUCUUCUCUGAUGGCAAGCUGAAGGGUGGCUGCCCCAAUGCUGCCAUGCGCUUCACAGAUGGCGGAGAGGGUACCUUUGGAGCCAAUGCCGGCCUUCCCGACGUUGCCCUGGGACUGCUGAAGCCUAUCACCGAGAAGUACGUUCCUGACACGAUCGGACAUGCUGAUCUGUGGACCUUGGCUGCCAACGUGGCAAUCAAGGUCAUGGGAGGCCCAGACAUCAAGACCCGCUUCGGCCGAAAGGAUGCGGAAUCCUCCGCCGACUCUGUGGAAUCCCAGGUAGGCCGUCUCCCAGAUGGUGACAAAGAGAUCGACCACCUCAGAGAAAUUUUCCACCCCAAGGGCUUCACCGAUAAGGACAUCGUGGCCCUGUCGGGUGCGCACACUGUCGGGUCCUGCCAUUUGGACCGCUCCGGCUUCGACGGCCCAUGGACGGAGGCCCCCUUGAAGUUCGACAACUCCUACUUCAAGGAGAUGCUGGCGAAGAAGUACGCCGAGGACACGACAGAGAAGGGCAAUCCUCAGUUCAAGGACAGCGAGACUGGCACCAUCAUGCUCAUCUCCGAUCUGGCCUUGCUGAAGGAGCCCGCUUUCAAGGAGCACGUCGAGAAGUACGCGGCCGACCAGGAUGCAUACUUCAAGGACUUCACCGCUGCGUGGGUCAAGCUGCAGGAGCUGGGCUGCUCGGGUCUGCGGGACAGCCUUUGCCACUUGGCCGCAGGGCAAGGCGCUUCGGGUGUGCGAAUGGGUGAUUAUGCAGGUGCUGAUGUUGGAGAGGCACUAUAG